AUAGCGCCAUGUUGCUUUUAGAUGAUACUGACAACUUGCCGCGCUCUGAUUGGCCGAUCGUCGCCUAAACGUCAGUUGUCAGUGGUUGUCGCCCAUGUUUGUUGAAAACUUUGAACAGUUUAAAUUAUUUUCAAUUGCAAUAAAGUGUUGAUCGAGUGAAGUUCUUGUACUUAUCCUCUCCGCUUUAUUUGUGAUUCAUCCAUCACCCAGUUCUGCAAGCAUUUAUGCAUUGUGCAAAAUGUAUUAUCAGUGCUGUGUGUGUAAAACUCUGCGAAAGGACGCUUUUACUUUGUACCGUUUUCCUAGUACUGAGAAAAGACUCAUUAUGUGGUUGAAGUGUUUGGAAACAAAUGGUUUUGGAAAUAUGUCGCCGGAGCAAGUUCGAAAAGCUUUUAUUUGUGAGAAACACUUCGAACAGCGGUUUGUUUCGGCAUCGACACGGCGUCUCAACGCGAAGGCUUAUCCUUCGUUAUUCAGUCAAGAUGAGAUUAACAGUGGGAUCCCAUCUCAUGAAAAUGCCGAAAACAUGGAUCCGCUGAAAGAACAUGCAUAUGUUCGUAAAUCACAUGACGACCACACAUACUGUCAACAAGUGCCUCAAAAAGCGUCUCCUGCCAUUCCAUCCACAUCGGGGGUUAAAUCAACCGCAGUGGGCCAUACACCAAAACAGACUAUGGCCGUUUCUAUAGCCACAGAACCUGUCCCGACAACUUCAGACAUUGAAAAGGAGACCAUGCCCGAACUAUGCAGCAGCUUUAUUACAGAACUUGUUGUAGCUGAGAAGGUUACAGCUUGUAUUUCACCUAGUGUACAGUCACACAAUGAAGGUUAGUGAAUUCUUAUCAUUUUUACAAGCUUUUAUUUACUUUCACCUGACCGUUGUCUGUGUGUAAUCAAAUCUUGCAAGUUAAAUUUGAUCCACUUACCGGUUUCCGAUUGAGCUGAAAUUUUACAUACAUAUGUAAGUCGGGUGACAAUGCAAUAUUAUGGUGUCAUCGAGGUGAUCUGAUGAUGGAGACCGGAGGUGGCCAUAGGAACUCCGUGAUAAAACAACGCAACCUAAUUGUGUUUGGGGUUCUUAGAAUUGUCUCGAUGAGUAUUCGUUGCUUGUGGAAAAAAAAGUACAGUCGGCGAUAAAAGCUUGUACCAAAAAUGAAAUUUUGGCCAAAAACUUAUUUUGUGUUAUUGUAUGGCAGUGACAGUACA